GUUAAAGCAAUAUCUAAGAAUUUUCUUGCAUUUCAUUACUUGCUUUUCAAAUUUUUGUGUAUUUUCUUUCUCUCUUUAUUUCACAGUGACUCACCUUCCCUGCGUAAUGUUUGUCAAAUUUUCUGUUCCUAUCCAUUCCUUCCAAACUUGUUCGUCUUCCUUUUUAAGCACCAUCUUCCAUCUUCUAUUUCUCAAUCUUGCUACAGGUAGUUUCAGGUUUGGGCCAGUCUAUUACAUAAGCUCUUUAAUUCAAUCCCACACCAAGCUGAUCUAAGCCCAGUCCAGCAACUGUGAGAUAGAAUAGAAUACAACCUCUCUUAAACCCUAGUUUUCCUUUCUUCAAGAACAAAGAACUAACUUGCAUUAAAACUGAAAUAAAACAUAUCAGCCCGUACUGUUGCAGAUAUACUUGCAGGAAAACAAGCUGUCCAAGUCGCCAAACCCUUAUUUAGUUCCCGAUCUACUGAUACUCCCACUUUCACGCACUUUCCUUUCCCUUCAGUUCAUCAUUUUCCUGUUACAUUCUCUACUUCUCGCGAUCAAUCGAUUAUUUAGGUAUAGUUGGUUUUACGUUGAUCAGAACAGACAGAUACACACUCCUGAUUGAAAUUAAAGCUCACUUGAGUUGACUGUGGGAAGCAAGCAGUGCUUAAAAAUUGACAGGGUAGUCUGAAAUUGGUGUGACGCUGCUAAACUGAUCCAAUUUUUCAUAAGCAGAGAUCUUAGUUGAUGUAGCUGAUGCUAUUAAUUUUGCAAUUCUACCCUUCAUAAAUAACUAAACUUUAGGCUGAUGACGUCCGAAUGCUUUGGUGCUGCCUAUGUGAGCCAGGAGGAAGUGAUUGAUAUUCAUAGUAACAAUGCCACCAAAGCGAUCAAGAUGGCGCAGAUCAACAAUGGCUCGGCCACUGACUUAUUCUCCAUUUGCACGUUCAGUUGCUCAUCUUGCCUCAUCUUACCUGAUUAAGCGUCAAAAGCUCAACAACAAGCUACUUGGAUCUUCCCCAAGUGCACUAGGUGAUGGAAUUAUCAAGCACUCUUCGAAAGAGAAGAAUAAGCAGUCUGAGUCUUCUGAGGAAGAAGAGCUUGAAGGAUUUAUCCAAGCGGAUUUUGUGUUCUUUGAUCCGAAACCCGAUGAAUUUCAUGGAGUGAAGAUUUUGCUGCAGACUUACCUUGAUAAUAAGGAGUGGGAUUUGAGUGGUUUUGUAGACAUAAUUUUGGGGCAGACCACUGUGGGGACUGUUGUUAAAAUAGAGGAUGAUGAAGAUGGACUGUUCUCUGUCACUACUGUCCUUAACUUGGGGAGAUAUAAGGAUCAUAAAUGCAUUAUGGAUAUCAAGGAGUUCCUCAUCAAAGUAUGUCUGGAAAGAAACAUACUAGAUGAUUUGAGAUUACUUUUAGGAGAGCAAGCACAAUAUGUAGGUCUCUUGGUGUCUCAGCGUGUUGUCAAUCUUCCUCCCGAACUUUUGCCGCCUCUUUAUGAUGCCUUAUUUGAUGAAGUGUUAUGGGCUACCGAAGAUGAGCCAACAGAGGAGCUUAGGAAGUCUUUCUGCUUCAAGUCCUAUUUGCUAAUUACUAAAAUUUAUAAGCACAAGAAUGCAGACCAGAAAAAGAGGCAAAGCAGUGACAAUGAGGAAGCAAUAAUAUACAUUAAGCCUGAAGAUGAAAUAUUUUACAAACAAUUACGUUUCAGCACUGUUCAUGGUCGUGCUGUUUUCCUCUGCACUCAGAGCAUGUAACGACUCAUGAACUAAGGAAUUACCGGUUGAUGGGGUUGGUCAUGGCUGUAGAGGCAGAUGAAAUUUCUAAAUUUCGGGAGGAGUUGCAUUCGUUGAUUGAUGAAUCAUGAAAGUCUUAUUGUGCAUCAACUUUCAAGUUAAUGUCCUCCUAUUUUUUCUUCCAGUAGUUGCUAAAUUUUUUUUCUUCAACUUUAUUUAUUGUAUCACAUUGAAAUCAUCUUUGUUUAUAUGCAUCAGGGAGUUUUGAUUCUUUUU